UUUCAGUAUGUGUGGAAGCAACGGAACAAGGAGGUUCUCUCUCGGUGGAAGACCGCGGUCCGAGUGACAGCUCGUCUCAGCUCUUACCCUACUCUCUAAACUCAAGUACCAUGGAGGAAUCGAGUAGUUGACGUUUCCUGCUGCAGCCUUUCUCUUUUAAGCUUUCUUCCCGUCAAAUCAUUGUGCCGCUGACCCGGUUUUUAUCGACUCUGAACGACUGACUCAAGCUUUUACCAUCCCACAUCAUGAAGUACAUCAUCGGCAUUGGCGGCGUUACCAACGGAGGGAAGACCACCCUCACCAAGCGGCUGAUCCAGGCCCUUCCCAACUGCUGUGUGGUACACCAGGAUGACUUCUUCAAGCCCCAAGAUCAGAUUGAAGUUGGUGAAGAUGGCUUUAAGCAGUAUGAUGUCAUCACUGCCCUGGACAUGGACGCCAUGAUGAGCACCAUCUACGCAUGGCUGGACAAUCCAGUGAAGUUUGAAAAGUCUCAUGGCGUUAAUAACACCCUGGACACUGAGAUUAUGCCGAAGUCUGAUCACAGCAAGGACGAGGAGACUCACAUCCUUAUUGUGGAGGGCUUUCUGCUUUACACCUAUCAGCCUUUGAUUGACGUGUUUAACCAGCGUUACUUUAUGUCCAUCCCAUAUGAAGAAUGCAAAAAGAGGAGGUGCUCAAGGAACUACAAGGUGCCUGACCCACCUGGCCUGUUCGACGGCCACGUCUGGCCCAUGUAUGAGAAACACACACAAAUGAUGGAAGAAUCAGGUGUUGAUGUCUUGCAGCUAGAUGGAACCAUGACUAAGGAGCAGCUGUACAACGUCGUCUAUGGUGACAUCCUGAACAAAAUCCAGAACUCUCUCUAAACAAAGGUCAACUGAUCGGCUAAGGAAAUCAUGUACUCAAAGCGCAACCAGACGACCGUCUUGCCUUAAUAAUUUUAUUUUUUGCCUGGCAGUUUUUAACUGUCAAGAUUAUUUUUUUUGUUUUUUUUUUAUACACAAAGUUUUACAUCAUACAAUGUUGGCAUGACUUUUCAUCUUUUUGUAUUUAUUGCUUUGUUGUCGCCUACACUCCUAAGAGAGAUAAUGGAAAUGUUCAAGAGAUGAUUGCACUAUGCUGCAUGCAUCAAUAAAUGAUUCUUCUGCCAAAA